AUGGCUCCCUGUGUCCCUCUUCACGUCAAGCGCCUCGCCGAAAAUAUCAAUACAGAUAUGGAGAAAGCUAUUGUCGACUUCGAAAAAGAGCAAUGGCGCGAGGCUAUGGAGCUAUUCAAGGAAAGCAGCGAUAGAGACGAGAGCCGUACCGCCAGCUUCCUGAGAGAAUGGGACCGACCGACAGUAGUCAAGGAGUUCUUCGAAAACACGAAGCGAAGCGCUGAUAAAGAGUAUUCGCCUCGCUUUGGUCGGAUACUGGAGAAAAUUGAGGUCGCAAUGACGGCCGGCGACAUCGCUAUGAAGGGUGCUCCAGAAUCUGUCGGGCUAGCAUGGAUGGGCGUCAGGAUGUGUCUGUCAGCACUCACAGAUGAUCAUACCACGUUCUGCAUCUUUGGUCAGGCUUCCAUGGAUAUACUGGGCAUCAUGAUCUCAUGCGCCGUUUUCUCCAGGAUCCUCCUUCGCUCUGCUACUGACAAAUUCACUGAGAAACUCAAAUUCAUGCAAAGCCAUGACGAGCAGAUGAGCAAGUUCGCUACAAUAGCUUCCCAGCAAUUUUUGGAUUACAACCAACGCGCUGUACAUGAUUCACAAAAGCUCAUGACAAGCACUCUAGACGGCAUCAAAGCGCAACUCGACGAGAACCUACGACUAAGAGAAGCCCAAGCCGAAGAUUUUCACGCCCUUCGAACCUUAUUCGCCGACAUGAACAAAGAUAUGACUCCACACGACGUGGCUUUGAAACAUUUCGAGCAAAACAUGCGCAAACUGAAAGCCACGAGCGAUCAGCGGGUUGAACUCCAUGCCAAGAUCGCUCGAAGACUACCAGAACAGACAUGUACAUGGAUUUUCGAUCAACAUAACUUCUGCGAUUGGUACGAUUCAGCUAACAGCGCAAUGCUCUGGAUCUCAGGCGGCCCGGGAGUCGGCAAAUCCAUCCUCAUGGCUGCAAUUAUCGAUGAACUUCAGAGACGAGCAAAAACACUGGACAAAGCGAACAAGCUCGUGACCCAGAGGUUAGGUGCAUCUGGGAAGCAGAGUCUAGCAAAAGCAGGCGAGAGCACUAACUUUGCCAAUGUCUUUAGUGCGGAGUUCGCGAAUGUGUUCAAAGGUCUGGUCGCUCUGUUAGAUCGCCAGGUGUUUGCAGUCAUCGAUGCAUUAGACGAAUGUACCGAUCGUUCAAUUGGCUUUGUAGAGACACUAAGCGCUAUGGGCGAUGCUUGUAAUUCGCGCCCAGGACCAAAAGUCAUCGUUUGCAGCCGGCCUGAGCAGGACAUCCAGGACGCAUUGAGCCGAGUGCCGACAAUCCUGGUCGAAAACAACAACGGACCUGAUAUCAAGUUGAACGCCGAACGCCAACUUUCUAGCUUAAGCGGAUGGUAUGUGCAAGAGAAGCAACUGGCAUGCGAUAAGAUUGUCAAACAGGCAGGUAGCUACUUCCGAUACGUUGACCUGGCAUUAGAGUUCCUGAAGCAACCUUGGCAACGUCCGCUGAGCACACAUCUAGAACGGCUGCCCGAAGGUGUGGAUGCAUUCUAUGAGCAGAUCAUACAGACCACGCCUCCAGCAUACGUUGAGCUACUACGUUGUAGCCUAACAUGGACAAUUCUUGGCGGUGGUUCUGUUCGCGUGCCCGAGGUCAUCGAUGCAUACAGUCAGAUCUACACAACUGCAGGCAUUUUCGAGCACGAAGCAGUGGAAGAAGAAAAUGUUUCAGAAUUGCAGAUACACCAGAUUCGAGCAGCAAGUGUGAACUUACUCUUGGUUGAUCCGGAAUCCUUGGUCAUACAAGAGCGGCACAGCACUGUCUCCGAUCACUUCUUGUCAAGAACUAAGAGAGACGAAGAAGCAAACCUCGAUCCUGGUUCCAUAUGUGCGAAGUGCGAAAAGAGCGUAAGUGUUGUCAACCGCUUUGACAUAUCCGAGAAGUUUGGACAUAUCUCGAUCGCGAGCACAAUCUUUGUCGCUGAUGAGAAAGCAGUACAACAUUUGAUGAAUGAGGGUUUCAGAAAAAGAUAUCUUGUACCCCAUGAGGAGGCUUCAGCAGAAGACGAACCUACUCUCAAAGAUGCGGAUCCAGAACUGAGCCAGAAAACUACCGUCGGAGCCCCCGAGGUUACAGGCAUAGACUGCAAUGAAGCAAACGACUCAGAAGACAUGGAAAAGCGCCUUGGAGAAGCACACAUGGCGCAGAAACGUGACAAGCUUGAUGAAAAUCCAGGGCCAGAUCUGAAGGAAUCGAUCUUCGAGGGAGACCAUUCGGACCCCAUAUCGGACGUGGAACAAACGGAUGAUGAAAAACUUUUCGACCUCGCCUCGGAAAUGGGCACCGUAGCAGACAGUGAUGUGGAUCAAGCUAGCCCCAUGUACCAGCCGUUCGAAGGCAAGCUCCCAGGCGAGUUCCGCUACGAGAUAACAUAUUGCCACUAUCAUUUGACGAAGGUUGAAGAGCUAUGGCAACCUAGAGACAGACAGGGCUCGACGUGGCACAAUUUCGAGGCACUGCGCGAUGCGUUCUUCCAGGAUGAGUCAGUUUUCUUCCAAUCAUGGUCUAACCUGUUGCAACAGGGUAACUGGGGUUGGUCGUGGCCCUCACAGGCUCUGCAUUGUGCUGCAAGACUUGGCCUCACCACUCUUGUGGAGCGCCUUAUCUCUAGAGGAGCUGACAUAUUCAAGCGCGAUACCAUGUACAACGUCAUGGACCAUGCGGUCAUAUACUAUGGCAAAGCCAAAGAGGACGAGGUUUCGAAAGCGAACGGUCUACGUUUAUUUGAAACUUUGUUUCGUGCUGGCAUUGAUGUCAACAUGAGAGGCGAAGAAGAUGGAUAUGAGUUCCUGACUUUUAGGUUCUUGCUGGUUCAGAAUCCAGAUAUAGAUGCAGUGGAGCUCUUCUUGAAGUAUGAGGCCGAUGCGACGGCCGUAAACCAGGGAUCACUCAUCAGUGUCUUGCACACCUGCUUACAGUUUUGUGAGAAGCCGGACGUCCUCAAAGCGAUUAUUUCUGCGGGUGCCAAUCCUAACGCAAAGGACAGCGAUGGAGAAACACCCCUCCACAACCUCAUGCAAAGAUCGGAAGUGCCUGAAGGUUUCUUACAGCAAUUGCUUGAUGCAAAAGCUGAUGUCAAUGAAGAAGAUCUGGCAUCGCAACGUCCUCUCUUCGAGCUUUGUUCAAGUUCUGGCAAUGUAACGGCCGCUCAGCUCCUGGUCAAAUACAAGGCAGACGUCAUGGACAUCGAUGUCAAUGCUCAGACUGCACUCCACGUGGCGUGUGAGAAUGGGCACAAGAAUUUGGUCAUAUUUCUCAUCGACAACGGCGCGAAGGUUGACGCCCUCGACGCACAGAACCGCACGCCAUUCUUCCUUUCUUGCUGCGCCGAUCACGACGAGACCGCACUUUACUUAAUCAACCAUAUUAAGCAAUCCGACGAAAAGGUCUUUAGGCUUCCUUCAAAAGACGGCAAAACGCCUUUGAGAAAAGCUGCAGCGAAGGGGCACGAGACGAUCGUGCAAGCGCUGUGUGAAAAACUUGGCUACGACAAUUCCAUCCUCAAUGAACAAGACAUUAAAUACCAGCAGACUCCACUCCAUGUUGCUGCACGUAACGGAAGAAAGGGCGUGGUCGAAUGUUUGCUGAAAAACGAGGUUGCAACUAACCUGAAAGACAAGUUUGGGCGCACGGCACUUGCAGCCUGCCUAAGCGGAUGGAUGCCGACUUCUUCGGGCGAUCACCAGGCAGUGUGCAUUUUGUUGAUCGAUGCUGACAAUGAUAGUAACAUCGAUAAUGGCAUCCUUCAAGACGGCUAG